AUGUCUUCAGUAUCAUCAUCAUCAUCGGAAGAGUUGUUUCGUUUCUCGAUUGAUCGAGGUGGAACUUUUACUGAUAUUUAUGCAGAGGUACCAAGAACACCACAUCAUAAUUUUCAACCCUUUUUUGUAAUGAAAUUGUUGAGCGAGGAUCCUCAACAUUAUGAUGAUGCUCCAAGAGAAGGAAUUAAAAGAAUAAUGAAUAAGGUGCUUGGAUUAAAUAUGAAAGAUGCCAAAGAAAUUGAUAUUGACAAGAUUGAGUAUAUUAGAAUGGGUACUACGGUUGCAACGAAUGCCUUGUUGGAAAGAAAAGGUUCAAAAUGUGCUCUCAUUACAACCAAAGGAUUUCGUGACUUGUUGAAAAUUGGAAAUCAAUCAAGACCUAAAAUAUUCGAUUUAGUCAUCCAAAAACCAGAGCUUCUCUAUGACAGAAUUAUUGAAGUUGACGAGAGAGUUUGCCUUACAGAGCAGGUCUAUGGUUCCUUCAAAAAAUUCCAAACUCCUGAAGAUGAUGGAUCCAACAUUUCUGUAGAGGAAUGGAAAUCACAAAGGUUAAAACGUGGUAUUUCAGGAGAGGAGAUCUAUAUUAGAAAAACGUUGACAAGGAAUUUGUGUUAA